CAUGGCUCCUUAGAGGGACGAGGUUGUCUCAAUGUUCCUUCUAGGCGGUUGGAGGCCGCGUGACUCGGUGGUUCGACGAAAGGAGUCAGCUGCGGAGACGGGCCUGGCGGUGGACGAGAGGAGCCUGUAUUGUCGCGGCUUCUCGGUCUGGUAGAAGAGACGGAGCGAGUUAGCGGGGGACCGGCGAGGAAAUGCGAAGGGUACUGAUGGAAUCACUCUGCAUUCUCUAGACAGUGACCCAAGGAAUUUAUGUUUUAAGACAUCCGUGGAUUAUUUAUAUAUGUCUAUGCAGCCUCUGGGCUGUUGCUUCAGGAAUGGCUCCCCAGUUCCGCAGUUAUAUUUGGGAUCCUGCUCUUAUCGUUUCCCAGAUCAUCCUCAUGCAAGCAAUUUAUUACAGCAGUCUGGGGGUUUGGUUGGCUCUAGUAGACAGUCUGGUACAGAGCAACCCUUCACUGGACCAGAUUUUCAGUUAUGAGGUUUUGGGAUUUGCUACCUCUCCAGGGAGACUUUCCACAAUGGCAUUUAUCCUGAAUGCACUCACCUGUGCCAUUGGUUUAUUGUAUUUCAUUCGACGAGGAAAGCAAUGCUUGGAUUUCACAGCCACCGUUCAUUUUUUUCACCUGUUGAGCUGCUGGAUUUACAAUGGAUACUUUCCGACAGCUUUGACCUGGUGGCUUGUACAUACUGUGUGCACAGCACUCAUGGCUGUGAUUGGGGAAUACCUCUGUAUGAGGACAGAACUGAAAGAAAUCCCAUUAAAUUCAGCCCCCAAAUCCAAUGUAUAGGCCAUCAGAGGCACUGUGUUCCUCCAUCAGUAUCAGCAUCUUGGUGCUAGUUUGUGAAAUGUGGAAAUGCAACUGAAGAAAUCCAGAGGGCCUUAAAUAUAUUAGCUGGGAGACUGACAUACUUUGAUAGGCCAAGAUGAAUAUAGUUUUUACAUAACUCAUUUUUAUUACUAUGCAGACAUGCCCAAUUUGCCAAAGUGACAUAGAUCAGACUCGAGUGAUGGAUAAAAUGCAUAAAAGACAUGGGAAGUGGACUAAUUUUGAGAAUUUGAGAAGCAAGCAGUAAGUUGUGAUGAUUACAGUUUCCCUUCUCUAUAGUGUGAACAUCACUUGACUAGUGAACUCCAACAAUUGCACAAUAGACACUUUGUUCCCUUUUAUUCCUCAUAUAUCUGAUACUUGUUUUACUUCCACUUUUUGAAUUAAAAGAUCAAAGAGAUCAAACAAUGCAGAAAGGCACAGUACUAUUAUUCCCUUGGCUGCUCAGAUUCCAGAAAGCGUAUUAACAGCAAAAAGUGACUGUAUUUAUUUGACUGAAGAAAUUACUAUUUUAUUUAAUAAAGACUUCAACUUUCCAUUGAA